GUAUUAUUCUGUACAGUAUUGUUAGUACGCUGUACCUCUUGAGGUAAAGUUUCUUGCAACUUCAACCAAUACAUCAACGUCCUAAAUAACAAUUCAAAAUGAACACAACUCCCUCGAAUAUGCAUGAACACCUGAACCCCAUUGUUUUCUUUGACAUUUCACUAGGAGGAGAGCCCCUAGGGCGUGUUAAAAUGGAAUUGUUUGCAGAUGUAACACCACGAACAGCGGAAAACUUUCGUCAAUUCUGCACAGGUGAAAGCAAAGAUAUUCAAGGCCGGCCGCAGGGCUAUAAGAAUAGCAAAUUUCAUCGAAUAAUCAAGGAUUUUAUGAUACAAGGGGGGGACUUUGUCAACGGUGAUGGUACAGGAUCUCGUUCUAUUUAUGGUACCUCAAAAUUCCCAGACGAAAAUUUCGCCGUGAGGCACGAUCGUGCUGGUCUGUUGAGCAUGGCUAAUUCUGGUCCAAAUACAAAUGGCUGUCAAUUUUUUAUAACAACGACGCCGGCUCCUUUCUUGGACAACAAACACGUGGUCUUUGGUCAAGUUGCUGAUGGAAUGGAUAUUGUGCGGAUGGUUGAGAAUACCCGCACAACUAGAGACAAACCUAAUCAGGAUGUGGUUGUGGUGCAGUGUGGAGAAAUGUAAUAAUCGAGUUCGGGUUUCUAUACUACAGAAAUGCAGUACAUGCUUGAGAAAUAUCCAUAAUUGUGG